AUGUUCAAGUACUCGGACAUUGAUUUCUUUGGCAAAAUCGAUAAUUCAAACAAGUUCUCUUUGUUGAAUGUACAAAGUGUUAAUGAUCCAAUCAAAUUCAACAACGUGACUAAGGCCUUAUUGAGCCUACUUGCUUAUGAGGCUUAUAUGGAUAAGAAAAUGUAUGCGAAUGGAGAGUUGAAGAUUGGAGAAUCAGAGAGAGUUUAUGGACAAGCUCAAUGCACUAGAGACCUUCCUAGUGUUGAUUGUAAGAAGUGUCUUGAUGAUGCAAUUAGUGAAAUUCCAAAUUGUUGUGAUGGAAAAAAAGGAGGAAGAGUUGUUGGUGGAAGUUGUAAUGUUCGAUAUGAAAUUUACCCGUUUGUUAGGGAGUAA